UUUUUUUUGAGGCAUGUAUCCAACGCUUUUGAUGAAGGGAAAUGGGGUAGUUUCUAGAGUUCAUCUGUGGACCGUUUGAUGCAACGAGUCCAUGAGCAGAUAAGAUGGGCGCGAAGCGAAGUUACCGAGCCAUAUACCACCGCGAUGCUACUGGCGCGCGCCCCACUGCCGCCGCCGCUCUCGGCGGCCAACUUUCCGGCGAAUCUGGAGCGUGCCCUCCGCCCUCGCCUCCUAGCCUCGUCCCGCGCCACCGUUGCGAUGGCCGCCACAGCGGCGAAGGCGGCUUCUUUCCGGGGCGGGCAAAAGCGCAAGCAGGUGGCGAGCGUGGCGAACCCGCUCGUGAAGCACUGCGUCAAGCUCCGGCUCUCCGCCGCGUACCGCCGCUCCUGUCACCGCAUCCUCCUCGUCGGCCUCGCGCCCAUCCUGGAGAUGUGUAGGCUUGAGUUCUACGCCAUCGAUUACUUGCUUCUCCUGGACGGUGUAGAGGUCCCGGAGGAGUUGCACGAGUUCUCUGACAAUGUCGUGUAUGUUAGCGCCGCUGUGAUGAAGAAGGUUUCUGGGAUGCAAUCAGUUGAUUCGACCCAGGCGAUUGCUGUCGUCCACAUGCCUAAGCAUUUUCGCGACCUCGGGAGCGAUGAUGACGGAGCUGUUGUUGAUGGGUUGUUCCCUUCUCCAAAGAGAAUUCUAGUCCUUGAUGGGAUUCAGGAUCCUGGUAACCUUGGAACAUUAAUAAGAUCAGCUUGCGCUUUCAAAUGGGAUGGAGUAUUUCUUCUUCCAGCCUGUUGUGAUCCUUUCAAUGAAAAGGCUCUUCGUGCAGCCCGUGGAGCCUCUAUGCAGCUUCCUAUCGUCUCCGGUACCUGGCAUGACCUGCAUGCUCUGAUGACUAAAUAUGAAAUGAAGAUGAUGGCAGGUCAUCCAGAAAGUAGCAAUGACGGAUCAAAAGGAAUGCACUCACUGUCCAAAGAACUAGCUGAUUCACUGGUGAAUGAAUCUUUGUGCUUAGUGCUAGGAAGUGAGGGGAAUGGCCUCUCUGCAGAGACCAUCCAAGCCUGUGAGCUUGUAAACAUUCCAAUGGAAGGUACUUUUGACUCUCUGAAUGUUUCAGUUGCAGGUGGCGUAUUUUUGUUCAUGUUACAGCCCAAACAUGAACUAUAUAGCAGAACAUUAAACCCUUAAGUUAACUUUGCAUCUUUUUGCA